CUUUAUGGAAAACACAACUUUAGAUCUAGACCUCUUGCUGCUGGAGGGGUUAAAGGUCACUCCUUAUUCGUCUAUCCCAGCCUUCAUCCUGCUGCUCCUCAUCUAUGUCUUUGUGAUGCUGUGCAACAUCGGCCUGGUCACCAUGAUCGCCCUGCAGAGGAGCCUCCACCAGCCCAUGUUCCUGCUGUUCUGCAACAUGGGAGCCAACGACGUGCUUGGUGCCUCCACCAUCAUCCCCCCCGUGCUGAGCACCAUCUUCACACCGGCCGCGCAGCGGUACAUCCGCUACAGCAGCUGCGUCCUACAGGCUUUCUUUGCCCACUUCCACGCCAGCGUCGUCCACACCGUUCUUAUGAUCAUGGCCUUCGACCGCUACGUGGCCGUCUGCAAGCCGCUGCACUACGCCACCAUCAUGACCAGCCGGAUGGUGGUGAAGCUGUCCGUGUCAGCCUGGGUGGUGUGCUUGUUGCUGGUGGCGGUGAUGGUGGGGCUCAGCGCCAGCCUGUGCCGCUGCCGGGCGGUUGUGCUCAACCUGUUCUGCGACAACCCCUCGCUGUUCGAGCUGUCCUGUGAGAGCAUCCUGGUCAACAACGUCUACGGCCUGGCCUACACCGUGGUCCUGCUGGGCUCGUCGCUCGGCAGCAUCACGCUCACCUACCUGCGCAUCGCCAUGGUGUGCCUCACCAACCGCAGCAAGACAAACAGCACCAGGGCGCUGCAGACAUGCGGCACUCACCUCGUCCUCUACAUCAUCACCUUCCUUUCAGGAGCCCUCAUCAUCAUUCUCCAUCGAUUCCCUGACUUAUCAGACCAAAGGAAGAUGGCGUCCAUCCUGUUCCAUGUCGUUCCUCCGGCUAUGAACGCCAUCGUCUACGGUCUGCAGAUCAAAGCUGUCCGCCAGAAGAUUUUCAUCCUGUUCACCAAGAAUACAACGGCAGAUAUGAAGGGAUAAAAUGAAAAAGCACUCAAAUGUAAACUGCAACAUGAUGAUCUGUUAAUAUUCAGAAUAUAUUUAACUUUUAUUCCUAAAUUUUUAUCUAACAGGUUUUUCAGAACCUGUUCAUGAACUGAAUUUGAGUUUUAACUGCACUUGGAAACAUCCACAAGAACUGCAGUUUAUUCAAACAUAUUUAUACUUUAGUGUUCAUUUCUGUUUUAUUAAGUAUUAUGAACAUGUUCUCACAUACAGUGAAAAAAAGACAAAGGUAAUGUAAAGAGAAACAGAAUACAGUUUUCAAAUUAUAAUUGUAAUUUAUUAGGCAAACUAUGAGGAGAACACACAGCCAUCUAACAUAUAUUAUAAAAAACUAAAAUUAUA